CUGUCACUUGCCUGUCACUUCAUUCUCUGGCGCCCACAUGGGUAGCGAUGCCAAAUUCUUCGCCCGAGGAAAGAUUCAGGAGUUCCGGAAGGAGCUCGAAGAGGCCGAGUCGACAAAGGACAAGAAAUUCAUCAAGCGAAAGACGGUACUCAAGAAGAUAGUAGCCAAUAUCACUAUGGGGAAUGACACACUCUUCCCCGACAUCGUUCGAUGCAUGCCGAUCCAGGUGCUGGAAAUCAAGAAAGAUGGCUUAUCUUUUCCUUGUGAGCUAUGGGUCGCAGUAAACCUGAUGGUAUUUCAAACGCCAUGCCAUCCCUUCUCACCAUAAGUUGGCACUUUUUUAGUAUAAAUACUGAGAGAUGCUACAUUUGGUGGCCACGGGACGUGGUAGUACAGCGCAGUCUAUCAAACACGGGUCGCUCCUGAACGAGGGGAACACCAAUGGACAGUCAUCAUAGGAUUCGAGGCAACAA